UACUGAUAGGAGACAGGACAGAAGGAUGUGGACGUAGUGAAGCAGACAAAUCCUUUUCCAGGCAACACUGUACCUUGCUACAGCCGAGAGAAGCUUUGACUGAACAUCGAUUCUAUUAGAACACAGAUUGUUUUUUUCGCCCCAAUUCUAAAACAGAGUCUGAUGAUGAUGGAAGUAAUCCUGACUAGACUGAGAGACUUCUCCUGUAAGAACGUCACCUUUGACACCUGUAAUACAGCCCGGGCCAUUGGGUUCAAGGACCUGCCACCGACCAACAGAGGCUCCUGUCCAAGAGAAGCAGUCCAGACAGAGAGCUGCAUGGCCGGAGGAGAGGGCAGUGGCCUCUACAAACUGGACAUUGAGAGUGCACUGGCCUGGCUGCGCAGGGAACUGAUAGAGAUGCGCUCCCAGGACCAGGCCCUGGUACGACAGCUGAUGGACCUUCACGCGGGCAUCCAAGAGCUUAAAUUGGAGUGUGCGGAGGCAGAUGAGGAGGAGGAAGAAGCGGAAGAGGAUACAGAGGAGGAAGGCAGCUGGGACUUUGGGAGUGAGGCAGGGGGCAGUGGUAGUAGUGUUGACUCUAGUUCAGGAGAAGGCUUCUAUAUAUCCUCUCUGUCAAGCAGAAUUAACCCACCUCCUCUGGGGUCCCUGCCUAAAAGAGCAUUCAACAGAAGAAGCUCGAUGCCUUAAUAAAACCAUGAACUGUACUCUAUUAAGAGCCGACCAUUGUUUUCCUAUGGUCGACGUGUAGGUCAAUAUCCCGGUCUAAUGACAUAAUAUAAUGUAUUGUAUUGCAACGACAAAUCACACAAGCAUGUUUCAGUGUUUACAACACCCGUCUUCAGACACUGAUUCAAAUAAUUCAAAACAAAGCCACUUUUUAAAGGCUGCGACAGAUUCCCUAUAGAUUUUUAAAGAUUAUACAUUUGAUUGAUGUCUUAGAUGGACCUGAAGCAAUCAUAUUUGCGUAAUGUGUUAUUAAUAACUUUAAAAUAAUGUCGGUGUACACACAUUUGUGUGCGUGUGAAAUUAAAAUGUAGUGUUUCUCGUGAGACAAAAGACAGACUGCAGAGUUUACAAUUUCUUAUUAAGGUCCGUAACUUUUAAACUCUAACUAGAUGGAAGAAACAACCUAAGCUAUCAUUGUUAAAAUGACCUCACAGCAUCCAUGAGAGCAUAACCAUUACUUAAUACUGUAUUAGUGGAGUGUAGAGUCUGAGUGACUUACCGCCUGUAAAAUAUUAAAUCCACCGGGACGCCAUUUUGAUACUCCUCCUUUGUAAAAAGGGUUUUUUGGAAGCUGUAGAAAUUAGCAUUGAUUCAUGUUGAAAUACAUUUUUUGACAAGUAUAUUAUAUUACUGGUGGCUUAAUAAUUUUAAUUAUUGCAAUGGCCUCAAUGGAUCAUAAAUAUGAGAUGAUCAAGAAGACUGUUGGUCAAUAAGACUUCUAGGAUUGGCAGACAGCUAAUAUGUCAGGCCAGACCUUGUGAAACCACAAGUACUGAUAAAGGUGAUCUAAUAAAACACACACACACACAACAUCAGAAACAUAUCCACACAUCACUGGGAAGUGGGUAAAAUUAAAACAUCUAUGAAUACCUAUUUAGUAUUUAUAGAGUACCAACUGUAUUUUACAGUCUCUGCUAUGACAAAGUUGUACAACCCCAUUUCCAAUAAAGUUGUGACUGCGGAAAAUGCUAAUAAAAACAGAAUGCAAUGAUGU